AAGCUUGAAGUAGAGUUUGAAGAAAAUAAUCUAGAAAAGAAUUGCCCUCCCGUUAAAGUCAACGAGAAACAAUUACAAACAGAAUUUCUUGCUCUUGGAAAGUUAUUUACUGAUAAUACUGCAGAUUGGUUAAAAAGGAAGGAUGCGCUUCUCAGGUUCCGUAGUUUAGUUUCUGGCUCUGCUCAACUUGAUUGUUUAAUAACUUCCCUCAGCCGUGUUAUGUCUGAGCUUACUAUAAUUUUAAAAGAUAGGCGCUCUCAGCUAUUUAAAGAAGCUUGUCUUGCAGUAGCUCACCUCUCUAUUGUAUUGGGGCGUAAAUUUGAUCCUUUCAUCUCGGAUGUUUGCAACGCUUUAAUAUCUGUUAUAAAUCGCGAAAAACGGAUUUUUGUUUCCUCUAGCUAUUGCGCCAUAUUGCAGAUUAUAUCAAAUUGCCCGAGCGCGAAAUUUAUUUCAGUGUUGGAACAAAACAUGAGGAGCAAAAGUAUUAUUGUUGCGCAUCACUGCCUUCUUUGUCUAACUGAAGUCAUUAAAAUAUGGAACGAAAAUUUGUUGGGCAAAAGUUUUGGCUCCAUUACUACCUGUUUGCAGCAGGGGCUAGGCCACAGUCAGCGGGAGUGCAGAGUUGUCUCACGUGUCGCCUUUUGGGAGAUGUACAAAAAGUUUCCGCACGAAGCAAUAAAUUUUUAUAAGAAGCUGAUUGGCCGGGCAAAGGAAGAGCUCGUUAAAGCCAAACCGCCUUCAGUGGCAUUUGAGGCGCCCAGCGAGAAGCCCUUGUUCUUGGAACCCCCUUCUUUGCGAUCUCUAAAACGGUCGCUUUCACGAGUCUCUAAUGGAAAUCAACAAACGCCCACUUUAAGGAAAAGUACGUCAAGAUUGGUUAGUAAUAAGGAGAAUAGAGCAAAAGAGCAGGUCUCGUUGAAAAUGGGCAAGUCAUCAUUUUUAAAAGAAAAUGGGAAAUUGAACGUUCCGAAUAUUGAGCCUCCUCAGCGCGUGGCUGCGAAACCUGCUGCCAAUUGUCAGUUUCCCAGAAGAGUUAACCUCGCGGAUACGUUAGAAAAACCUCUAAAAGAGGGGCGGCGUCCGGCUUACAUGUCACACCGGCAGCCCCCGUCAACCCCUGCAGGCGAAUGUUCUAAAAGGGCCUCCACGAGGCCUCAUCCCCGCGAGGGUAAAGCCGUUCUAAAGCCACUUGGAGGAGAGGACGGCAGAGCGUUCUUGCAGGAAAAUAGUUUGGUGGUCGGUUCGGGGGAAUCCACGGCGGCAGUGCGCAACCCUCAAAUUGUCGCGGAAAAGGGCCCGGCGAUAGAAUUGGCCGAGCUUUCAUCGUCCACGUGCCCCUCGUCCUGUCUUCCGGCCGAGCGCAUUUCUUCAGAAGAUAUUUUUAUUGCGAGUGGAGAAUCUACUUUACAAAGUCUGGAAGCGAGAUUGGAUUGUGAUUUGACUGGUAAUAAAGAAGAGGAGGAGCUUGCCCAACUAAAAACUAUUUUGAGCCAAAAAGCAGCAGUAGAUAUCAAAGAAGGACUUCCUUGCGUGUUAAAUUUAAUAAAACAAAUUUGUUUACCGGACUACAUUUUAGAAGCAACUUUUGAGUUUUUUAUUAAACUUUCUGAAGAUGACGGCGUGGAAAUUUCAAGGGUCUUUGAAGGCUUGCAAGACUUGAUGCCUCGUGUUGGUGAACUUCAGAAUGAUUUUUUGGCUGUGCAACUUUUAACUUUACUGCUUAACAAAAGAAAAGAUCAUCCUCUCGCGGAGUUUCUCUUUCAGCUCUACAAUGACCAUGUGACCAAGUCGUCUUGUUUCCGCCACUGCAAAGGUGUGCUCACUUUGGGCCUGCCCCUCCCCCCACCUGCUCUGCUGGCCGUUUUGCGCCAUCUAAUCUUAUUGGUCCCUCAACUUUUGCCGGAGUACUUUCCGUUUGACCGGAAAGAUGUUGGGCUGCUUAAAAUAGUGUCGGAGGGCGCUAGUCAAGCUGCCGACGCCGACCUCCGCUACUUGUGCGAGACUCUAUUUAUUGGUUUGUGUCAACUUAACUCGAUUACGGUGAAUAAGCAUAUUGAAUUCCUUCCAAUUAAUCUUCAAAAAGUCGCCAUUGAUAUUUUGAAGCGGAAAAAAGCGGAAAAAAGCGCUAAAAACGAUACCAUUUCUAUUAUUCCUUUUCAAGUACAGCCGAAAAGUUCUGAAGAAAAGAAAAUUUACUAA